AGUAUCACAAGAGAUCACUUCAUUGUUUCCUAUGACGAUAACAUGCUGCAGUUUAUAGUUGUUUUCUUAGCGAUUUGCUUGACUGAAGGUGUUGAAAAUUCGCAAGCGGACGAAUGGAACAAGGGAUUUGUCAACUUUUCGGUCGAUUUGUACGAGCAAUGUGCUCAAGCUCAGAAUUUUGUUGUUUCGCCAUUUUCUGUGGCAAUGGCACUAUCACUUCUAUCGCAAGCAACCAAUGGAACUACAUUCGAUGAAUUAAGGAGAGUGCUGUAUUUGAAUAAUGACAAAACCAUCGUGGCAAAUCAAUUCCAUGAUUAUUUUGAAUCGAUUCGGAAAAACACAGGCAAUUCGGAACUAAUUAUUACUAAUCAAAUUUAUGUGCAAAAAGAAAUUCAAUUGAAUAAGAAUAUUCAAGACGUGGCUACGGAAAAGUUCUUUUCAAGUAUUCGAUCUGUUGACUUCAAAAGAGGGAAUGAUACUAUCCAAACCAUCAAUAGCUUCGUGAAGAAUAGCACAGAAGGGAAGAUAACCGAAAUUGUCACACCGAAACAAUUCGAUGGCCAAUAUCGCGCUAUUUUGAUUAAUGCGAUUCAUUUCAAGAGUUCAUUUACUCGAGCGUUUUACAAAGAAUUCGACCUGAAAAUGAUUUUUGCUAACAGUCCAAAUGAGACGGUAUUUCCUUAUUUCAUGCGAGUCAGUGGUCGUUUUCAGAUAGCCUAUAUAAUAGAUUUGGGCGGUUAUGCAGUGAGAUUGAAAUAUAAGGAAUCGAGUUUAUCAUUGAUUAUUAUCCAUCACAUUACAAUUCCAUUUUCCGAAUUGGAGGAGCGGAUCAGAGAUUACACCUUGUUAAGGGUUAUCAAUCAGAUGUGGGAGUGUAGGUGUGAGGUCCGGAUUCCGAGAUUUACGAUCGAGACUGAAUUGGAUUUAACUGACAUAUUGAACAACAUGGGCAUAUCUGAGAUUUUCACAGACCAUGCUGAUUUGGGCGGACUUUCGAAUACGAACGAGAGAAUAAAGGUGGACAAAGUAAUUCAUAAAGCUUAUUUUGACGUCAGUGGGUUUGACGAAGACGUACCAAAAACACUUGCUGCCAUUCCAGCCAUUUUCAUUUUAUGGAAUGCUGAACGGAUUGUUGAUUACUGUGGCCAUGCUAAUACUUUUACUGGCGCGUUUGCCUUGCACAUUCUCCGUUUCACCGGAUUGGCCUUGAUGGAUUCACCGUGGUAUGCACUGGCGACGCAUUCAUUGGAAUCAAUAACACUUGUCUUGGUGUUUGUCACACUGGUGUUGUACAUGAGACAUUUGGUGCCACGACGCCACAUUGCCACUGGUCAAUCAGUUCCGAUGAUCGCUACGUUAUGCCUUGGCAACGCCAUCGGUACACUAGUUGCGCCAGUCUAUGCCAAGGGUUUCAGACAUUUUCUGUUCCGUGAUUUGGCAAUUGUUGCUGCCAUCUUUGGCACAUUGUACUUCAUUUUGUAUCAUUUCUACUUGGGUAAACGAUGCACGGCCGCACAGCAGCCACCACCAUCGCCAGCCGAGCUACAAACUCACAAUGGAUCACCACAACAGAAUGGUGCAUCAUCAUCAUCAUCAUCGCCAGCCAACGGCAACAGCUACACACCAUUGAGAAUUUAUCACAACGGUCGCGGACGCAAAGGCCAAUUCCGAUACUAA